AUGUCUGAUAACAAAUCUCAAUUCUACGAGCUUUCCAAUUCACCAGUUCCAGCUUGGGCAUUUACUGCAGGAUUGCUUGCCACAAAUGCUAUUAAGCCGCCAAUUGAAGUCCAAUUAGCUGCUGCAUCACGAGCCCAAACUUCUCGGCUACUCCCUGCAAUAUUGAAACCAUCCAAACCUAUCUCUCCUUAUCCGAAUGGCAUUCACACGUUGUUGUUUGGUUCAUUCAUUGGGCUUGGCGGAUUCAUGUGCUACGAUAAUGAUCCGGUCAACGGCUCGGGAUUGAUCAGUGCAUGGAGCUUUCUUUACUGUUUGGCCAACUCUCGUCGUGCCAUCUGGAGUUGGAAACUUUAUCCAAAAUUUCUCCUAGCAGGGGCUGGCCUAAAUAGUGUACUUUAUGGUGGUCGGUUCUUCGGGUUCUAUUGA